AGUAACAGAAUUAUAAAAACGUUCAAUUAGCCGAGGUAGUAAGUCAUUACAGUGCCAACGCUCGUGGCGAAAAGAGCGAGUGAAAAACUUCACAAGAAGAAAGUUUUCCAUCGGCUGUGCGUGGAAAAUUCAACCCAUAAGACUAAACCCUAAGCACCCGCAGCGGCAGUUCAUCAAAAAUUAACAGCUUGAUCUGCCGAUCUGUGAUCAGCCAGCCACCCAGCCAGCUAGCCAGCCAGAAAAGUAAAGAAACUGCUGGAGAGGCGGAAAGGGACUAUCCAUACAUCCAUACAUCCCCCAAAGAGUCAACAGUGUCAACAAGCCCGGCAAAACGGCGAAUAAAUCGUGCAAACAGCAGACGUCUGACGACGACUUGGAACCUGAAUCGGGGCUUAUUUAAAGGCCCACAAAACGCUGUCUGUCAAUCAGAACAAAUCCAACUGCCGACGGCAGUAGAUCGCGAGUGAAGUAAUCUGAAAGUUCCAGCUGAAGAUCCUCUUGAAGAUCCCCAGCAGCACAAGAUCAUUGUGCAAAUAAUCAUAAUAAAUACCAUAUAGGUGGUGGGAUGAAAUUCCCCGACAAAAGUUAAACCGCAAAUACUCCAUAAACAACAUUGCCUACACCCCCGCAAAAGUUUGUUUUUUCUGCAUUGUAUGCAGUAUUGUGAUAUUUAAACGCGCCACCUGCAGCGUCGUCGUAAUCAAUUUGUUUUAACACUCUGUGUUUAACUUAAACAAAGCCCUUAAACUUACAAAGCCUGCACUCGUAAAACAACAAUUAGCAAGAUGUCCGCGUCAAAGGAGGCCAUUUGUGGGAGCACCGAAAAGGAUCUGGAGAAGCCAGCAUUGGGAUGCUUUGCCACCCGGUACUUUGUGACCUUCAUGCUUUUCCUGGGCAUGGCCAAUGCGUAUGUGAUGCGCACCAACAUGUCGGUGGCCAUUGUGGCCAUGGUAAAUCACACGGCUAUCAAGACCGGUGAAGAGGAGUAUGAUGAUGAGUGUGGAGAUCGGGAUAUACCCAUUGAUGAUUCCCAGGAUGGCGAGUUCGCCUGGAGUUCAGCUCUGCAGGGCUAUAUCCUGUCAUCCUUCUUCUAUGGCUAUGUGAUCACUCAGAUACCCUUUGGCAUAUUGGCCAAGAAAUAUGGUUCCCUUCGCUUCCUGGGCUAUGGCAUGCUGAUCAACUCAGUGUUUGCUUUCCUAGUCCCGGUGGCUGCUCGUGGAGGUGGUGUUUGGGGUCUGUGUGCGGUGCGUUUUAUCCAGGGUCUGGGUGAGGGUCCAAUUGUGCCCUGCACCCACGCCAUGUUGGCCAAAUGGAUCCCACCCAACGAGAGAUCACGAAUGGGUGCUGCUGUCUAUGCUGGUGCUCAAUUUGGAACCAUCAUCUCGAUGCCACUCUCCGGGUUGCUGGCUGAAUACGGUUUCGAUGGUGGCUGGCCAUCGAUCUUCUAUGUGUUUGGAAUUGUUGGAACCGUUUGGUCCAUCGCCUUCCUGAUCUUUGUAUACGAGGAUCCCUCUUCCCAUCCCACUAUUGAUGAGCGCGAGAAGAAGUACAUCAAUGAUGCCCUCUGGGGAUCCGAUGUGGUCAAGAGCCCUCCAAUUCCGUUCAAGGCCAUCAUUAAGUCGCUGCCCUUCUACGCCAUUCUGUUCGCCCACAUGGGUCACAACUACGGCUAUGAGACUCUGAUGACCGAGCUGCCCACCUAUAUGAAGCAGGUGCUCCGCUUCUCCCUGAAGUCCAAUGGUCUGCUCAGCUCCCUGCCCUACUUGGCUAUGUGGCUCUUCUCCAUGUUCAUCUCAGUGGUUGCCGAUUGGAUGAUCAGCUCAAAGAGAUUCUCGCAUACGGCCACCAGGAAACUUAUCAACAGUAUUGGUCAAUAUGGUCCUGGAAUCGCUCUGAUUGCCGCUUCUUACACGGGCUGCGAUCGUGCUUUGACUUUGGCCAUUCUCACCAUUGGAGUGGGCCUGAACGGAGGUAUCUACUCCGGCUUUAAGAUCAACCACUUGGACCUCACCCCGCGUUUCGCCGGCUUUUUAAUGUCCAUCACGAAUUGCUCGGCCAAUUUGGCUGGUCUGCUAGCGCCCAUUGCAGCGGGUCACCUCAUCUCUGAUCCCAGCAAGCCCAUGAUGGGUCAGUGGCAGAUCGUGUUCUUCAUCGCUGCCUUUGUGUACAUCAUCUGUGGUACAUUCUACAACAUCUUCGGAUCCGGUGAACGUCAGUUCUGGGACAAUCCCGAGGAUGAUGAGCAGAAGCCUGCUCUUCAAACGACCAGCACCACCACCCCACAAAGGCUAAGCAAUGGCAGCACGCCGCCAGCGGCCAUCUCCAGCUCUUAAGACUCCAAAAAAAAAGAAGGCCGUAGUAUUAGCCGUAGUCGUGCGUCAUUACCAUUAACCCGUACACUAUACGAAAUACGUAGUUUAGUUCUCGUUUUAGUUAUCUAUUCAUUAAGCCAAAUGUUGUUAAUAUUGAUAGUUAGCCUUUGAUCUAUUCCUAUAUCUGCAUAAACACCGCUAAAGAAAAAAGACAAUUAGCUUCCAAUUGUAAAUAAAUUGGGGAAUCCAAAACGAAAACCACACCAAAUCGAGCACAAAUCGUCAAGUUUAGUUAGGGAAAAAUCGAGGUCUACCAUUGCAAAUGUGUAGUUUUCUUAUCUUAUUGUGAUAGCGACAGAGUUUAGUUCUCUCACUAAUUUGUUUUGAAAUUAAAUAAUCCGCUCAAGCGAAGAUUGUUAAGCAAGCCACCAAAUGUAUGAAAACCAUUAAAAACUACUAGUUUAAGGAACAACCAA